GGAUGUGAUGUAGCAACUGCUCAGACGUAUCGGAAGUUACUACCGUGUAUUCACAGAAACCCUUGUAUAACCGUCACUCCCACUAUAAAGAUAUAAAACUUGCUACAGUUUUCCCUAUUUCACCAAAUGGCUUAUCCUGGAUACGGUGCGCCUCAGUACGGCGGUCCCAUGCCGGGAAUGCCAGCUCAGGGGAUGCCGGGAAUGCCGGGAGGGCCCAUGGGAGGGCCCAUGGGAGGCCCCAUGGGAGGCCCCAUGCCCGGGCACAUGGGUGGGCAGAUGGGUGGGCAGAUGGGAGGCGCGCCCCAUCAGGGAGGGUAUGCCGCCUAUGGAGGAGGAUAUCAAGGCUCGUACGGCGCCCCAGCCCCAGCUGCUGCUAAUGACCCGAUGUGGGGUUACUUCACUGCCAUUGCAGGCCAGGACGGAGAGGUGGAUGCAGAGGAGCUGCAGAGGUGUCUCACCCAGAGUGGAUUCACCGGAUCCUACUCUCCAUUCAGCCUGGAGACUUGCAGAGUCAUGAUCGCAAUGCUGGAUCGGGACUCCACGGGGAAGAUGGGCUUCAACGAGUUCAAGGACCUGUUCACGGCUCUGAACGGCUGGAAGCAGAACUUUGUGAUGUUCGACCGGGACAGGAGCGGCACUGUGGAGCCGCAGGAGAUGGGGCAGGCCGUCUACGCUAUGGGGUUCCGCAUCGGCCCUCAGGCUCUGAAUGUGAUCAUCAAGCGCUACAGCAAAGGAGGAAGGAUCUACUUCGACGACUACGUGGCCUGCUGCGUCAGACUGCGCGCUCUCACAGAGACCUUCAAACGGAGAGACACCAUGCAGCAGGGAGCCGUCUCCUUCCAGUACGAUGACUUCAUCCUGUGCACGAUGGCCAUCUAAGGCUGCACCGACCAAUCAGAGGAGGAGUCUGGACCACUGCCUCAUGGGAAUGCAAAGGGAGGCCAGUAUAUUUGACUGAGCUGCAACAGGAAAGUACUCAUGCUUGUAACGCUUGCUGUUUAGUCUUGUAAGUCACACAGGGACUUGCUGAAUCAGGCGCAUAUAUACAUCUAUAUGAACACAGUAUGUAUUCACAUUAGAGGGAAUUAGAAUAAUUUAUAACACAUUUUUUAAAAUCUUCGAUUGGAUGCCAGAGUGAUGCUGGAUGUGUCGACCUGUGAGACACCUAAUGUGCCAUUAUAAUCUGAAUGUACGCUAAUAUAUGAAACUCGCUUCUAGAGAGCCUUGUUAGGCAGCAUCAUGAUUAAUGAUGAAAUAUUAGCAGCAUUUACACAAAACAUGUUCAUAUGCCUUUACACUGAACUGUAUAUGGCUAUGGUUUUAUUAGAGCUUUCUUGCCAUAUUUUUUAUUUCUGUUUUAUAUAAGUUUAGAUUAGCCUGAUGUUAAAGUUGCCACGAGCCAAAGUGACUGUGAAUGCUCGUGAGAUAAAGCCUGAGAUUUGUGCAGCUUCACACUUUGUUUUGAAUGUUUCCCUACAAACCCAGCCGGUUGUACUUUGUAAAGAUGCCCCUGCACACUCCCAAUGCCAUAGUUCAGAUCAUAUUUUGUUACUGACAAUAAACACUUUCUAAUCA